AUGAGGAGGGAGAACCAAAGCAGUGUGUCUGAGUUCCUCCUCCUGGUGUUACCCAUCUGGCCAGAGCCGCAAAGCAUGUUCUUUGCCCUGUUCCUGGGCAUGUACCUAACCCUGGUGCUGGGGAACCUACUUAUCAUCAUGCUUGUCAGGCUGGACCCUCACCUCCAAACCCCCAUGUACUUCUUCCUCAGCCACUUGGCCCUCACAGAUGUUUCCCUUUCAUCUGUCACGGUUCCAAAGGUGCUGAUGAACAUGCAGACUCAACAACAAUCCAUGUCUUAUGCACGGUGCAUUUCUCAGAUGUCUUUUUUCUCACUUUUUAUUUGUCUGGACAAUUUCCUUCUCAAAGUAAUGGCUUAUGACAGGUAUGUCACCAUUUGUCAGCCUCUCCAUUAUACCACUGUCCUGAGGCAAGAACUAUGUGUCUCCUUAGGAGCUGGGUCCUGUUUCUCUGUUGUAUCCCCCUCUUGGUGCAAAACUCCUUCUGUGCUGACUAUCAUCCUCAACUUCUUCUGUGACCUCACUGCCCUUCUAAAGUUGAGUUGUUCAUACACCUGCCUCAAUUUGCUGGCCAUCUUUACUGUGGCAGGAAUGCUUUUCAUUCUGUCUUUGAGCAGUAUCAUGGGCUGGAUAUUCACACAGGGACCACAGUUUUGA